AUGCCGGUCUUAUUAAGAGAUCAACCAUGGGGUUUGCAAGUCAUAGAAUAUGUAGUUUUCAAAUGUUAUCCUCAUCACCGUAUCAAUCGAAUGGCAUGGCAUCAAGGUGGCAUUCUAUUCCUUACAUAUUUGGCAUACACCUGUUACCAUAUGACAAGAAAACCUAUAUCUGUUGUAAAAAGUGUAUUAAGUCCCAAUUGCAGCACUUUAUCACCACCUUUAACUGUUGUAAUCAAUAGUAGUAAUCAAGAUACAUGGUGUGCUUGGGCUCCAUUUGACACUGCAGAUGCUCCAGCAUUACUUGGCAUGUUAGACUCAACAUUCCUGUUUGCAUAUGCAGCAGCCAUGUUCCUCAGUGGAUUCAUAGCAGAAAGAGUAAAUCUUCGAUAUUUUCUUGCAUUUGGCAUGAUUGCUUCUGGUAUAUCUUGUUAUCUUUUUGGUAUUGCUAGGCCAUAUAAUAUUCAUAGUUUGUGGUACUUUGUUCUGGUUCAGGCAAUUGGUGGUGUUUUCCAAACAUCAGGUUGGCCAGGUGUAGUUACAGUUGUAGGAAAUUGGUUUGGAAAAGGAAAAAGAGGCUUAAUAUUUGGAAUAUGGAAUUCUCAUACAUCGUUAGGAAAUAUUUUGGGCAGUUUAAUAGCUGCUCAAUUUGUGGAAUCUGAUUGGGGUCUAAGUCUUAUGAUACCUGGAGUAAUAAUGGGUUUUGCAGGAUUUAUAAUAUUCCUGUUUUUAGCACCAAAUCCUAUAGAUAUAGGAUGUGCUCCACCUCUCUCUCCUUGGUACAGAAAACUUGAUGCUACUCACAGUUCAGAUGAGGGAAGUGGUGCAGAUGAUACUGAACAUUUAUACAACAAUGUUGAAGAUCGUCUCACCUAUCGUUGUGCCUACCGCGAACAGGUCGAUGUUGAUGAUUUGGAAAAUUUACGAUCCGAAACUAGUCCAAUAUUACCAAGGCAUAGGCAUGUACAAGAACCUCAUAGAGGAAAUGCAAUUGGAUUUAUAGGAGCUAUGACUAUACCUGGAGUCAUGGAAUACUCUCUUUCUUUAUUUUUUGCAAAAUUUGUAAGCUAUACAUUCCUGUACUGGUUACCAUUGUAUAUUGUAGCUUCAACAACUUAUAGUGCCAGUUUAGGUGCAGAUGUUUCUGUUUUGUUCGAUGUUGGUGGAAUUGCAGGUGCAAUAGUAGCUGGUGUUCUAUCUGAUUAUAGUGGUAUGAGUGCUCUAAUUUGUGCAGUCAUGCUUGGAUUUGCAGUUCCUGUGUUAUUCUUAUAUGACUACAUUGGAAGCUCUGGUUUGGGCAGCAGCAUAGUAUUACUACUAAUAGCAGGUGCAUUUGUAAAUGGACCUUAUGCCUUGAUAACAACUGUUGUAUCUGCAGAAUUAGGAACUCAUCCUAGUUUAGGAGAUAAUUCUAAAGCUUUAGCAACAGUUACUGCUAUUAUUGAUGGAACAGGCAGUAUUGGUGCUGCCAUAGGUCCUUUACUAGCAGGCCUAGUAUCGCGCUGGGCUGGUUGGCAUAAUGUGUUUUACAUGCUCAUGAUUGCAAACAUGUUAGCAUUAUUACUUUUGUUAAGAUUGGUGUACAAAGACAUACAAGUAUAUAGGCGACGGCGGAGAGCCGUUUAA